AUGUCUCAAGAACCAAGGAAGAAGAACGUUGUCGGUCCUAAACUUGUCAAAAAUGUCCAUGGGGUCAAGUUCCUUGGAUCGAAGACUUCAUCCUCCACACCGUCUAGGGUUACUCGCUCAUUUGCUCCAAUUGCAUCUCCAGAAUCCUCUGGACCUGCCAAGAGGACAAGAAGCAUGAGAAUUAAACAUGUUGUUCAUAAGAAAGGAGGCUACAAGGCUUCAAAUGCUCAGGAUAUCUCUAAUGACUCCAGGCCAAGUGAAAAUGCUGGUGAUGAUCAAACAAUUGAUGUUCAGAAUGCUGAAGCAAAUCAAGUCAUCAAUGAUGUGUUGGAUGAAGAGCGUGGUUCUGACUCUGGUUCUGAAGAAAAAUCUCAAGGAUCAGGUGCUGCGAAGGGCGAUGAUUCUGAUGCUGAAAAUCCUGACUCUACAAGUGAGAAGACUCCAUCUGUGGAGGUCCCCCAUCAAAAAUCUUCUGAACCCUCGUCCAAAAACGGUAAGGAACCAGUGUUGAUUUCCUCUAAAGAAGAAGAACCUGAUGGUGAAGUAUUGAUCAAGAAUUUUGCAAGCAAGAAGGCUCCUGGUUCUGUCCAAGUUCCUAAGCAGAAGAAAAAGAAAGAAAAGAAGGAGAAGAAGGUUGCUGCCUCCAUUGGGAAGAAGAGAAAACAUGUUCCUGACACUGUCUGUGAACCAGAUGUCGAGCAAGAUGUUCCAGACAUCUCUACCACUGUCAAGAAGAGAGUCAAGGGGAAAAGAAUUCCUUUGAAUGUUCCAGAUGCCCCCAUGGACAAUAGAAGAAUUGUUGUUGAAAGAGAGUUGAGUGAAGAAGCCUUAAGUUACACAGAGAUCAUUGAUGUUAUUGAGAAGACUGAAUUAAUGAAGACUGUGACUGGAUUGGAUAAUUUCUUUAUUCAACUGAUAAGAGAAUUAAUUGUGAAUAUUCCUUCUGAUUGUGACAAUGAGGAUAAUGUUGAGUACAGAAAAGUGUUUGUGAGGGGAAAAGGUAUAGACUUAUCUCCUGAAGUGAUAAACAAUUAUUUGGGCAGAAGUCCUGAUGCUGUGACUAAGGGGGAGCCUGACUUGGACAGGGUUGCUAAUACCAUCACUGGGAAGCUGGUCAGAAAAUGGCCAAAGAAAGGGUUGUUACCCUCUGGGAAGUUGACUGCUAAGUAUGUUGUGCUCUACAAAAUAGGCACUGCAAACUGGAUGGCCACUCAACAUUUAUCGGGAGUGACUCCUCCCUUGGACAGAAUGCUUUACUUGAUUGGAAUAGGAGGCGAAUUUGAUUUUGGAAAUCUUGUCUAUGAGCAGACUUUCAAGCAUGCUGGAUCAUUUGCUGUGAAGCUGCCUAUUCUGUUUCCCUGUCUUCUCAUUGGGCUGAUUAUGCAUCAACAUCCUAACAUUUUGAGAGGAACUGCAAGUGUCAGUGGUACUAAGGCCUCUGGGUCAAGCAAGGAGGACAUUGUGGGUGAAAUGCAGGAAAUUUCAAAGACCCUGCAAGACACCAUACAAGCCUGCAAGGUGAGGAAACUUAAUGUUGAUCAACUGAUCAAAGCUCUGGCUGAGGUUCAUGCUGCUGCUGAGGAAGAAGAGGUUGAAGAGGAAACUGAGAUUGCUUGGGAUGAGAAUGUUGCUGCUGAAGAAGAAGAGGCUCAAUAUGAAACUGUUGGAGAAGAAGAACAAGAGGCUGCUAAAGAAGAUGAUGUAACGGGUUCUACCAGUUCUGCCACUGUUAGUCGCUUCUCUUUAAGUCCUUUUUAG